AUGACCUCAGAGAAUUAUUGUUGUCAGAAUAGUGCAUAUAACAAAUGCUUUCCUGAAGAGGCAGGACUUAUUCAGUUGCCUGAGAAACCUCUGGAAAUGCCUGUGUGUCAAGGUAACGUAGGAGGAAUGGCCUUUGACUGGAGUCUAAAUCUCACUGCACAUUCAAGAAAUAAACAUGUAGAGAUGGUUUCUGUGAAUGAUAAAUGUGGAGGUCCUUCUGGUCAUAACUCUGAGCUUGUUUCGCAUCAAAUAAUCCCCUCUGGAAUUAAACCUUAUGAAUGUAAACAAUGUGGAAAGGCUUUUACAAAGAGGAGCUCUGUUGCUGUACAUCAGAGAAUCCACACUGGAGAGAAACCUUAUGAAUGUAAACACUGUGGAAAGGCUUUCACACGGAGAGGCCAUCUUGGUGUACAUCAGAGAAUCCACACUGGAGAGAAACCUUAUGAUUGUAAACACUGUGGAAAGGCAUUUACAAGUAGGUACACUCUUUUUAAACAUCAGACAGUCCAUACUGGGGAAAAACCUUUUGAAUGUAAACAGUGUGGAAAGGCUUUCACUGAAAGGAGCCGUCUUGCUGCACAUCAGAGAAUUCACACUGGAGAGAAACCUUAUGAAUGUAAGCAAUGUGGAAAGACUUUCACACUGAAGAACGGUCUUGCUGUACAUCAAAUAAUUCACAGUGGAGAGAAACCUUAUGAAUGUAAACAGUGUGGAAAGGCUUUCACAUGGAGGGGCCAUCUUGCCAGACAUCAGACAGUUCACACUGGAGAGAAACCUUAUGAAUGUAAACAGUGUGGAAAGGCUUUCACUCAGAGUGGCUCUCUUGCUAAACAUCAAAGAAUCCACAGUGGAGAGAAACCUUAUGAAUGUAAACAGUGUGGAAAGGCUUUCACACACAGGGACUAUCUUGAUGUUCAUCAGAGAAUCCAUAGUGUAGAAAAACCUUAUGAAUGUAAACAAUGUGGAAAGGCUUUCACACAGAGGGGCUCUUUUACUGCUCAUCAGAGAAUCCACACGGGAGAGAAACUUUAUGAAUGUAAUCAAUGUGAAAAGGCUUUCAGACUGAGGGACUCACUUGCUGCACAUCAGAGAAUCCACACUGGAGAGAAACCUUAUGAGUGUAAACAGUGUGGAAAGGCUUUUAGAAUGAGGGUCUGUUUUGCUGCUCAUCAAAGAAUCCACACUGGAGAGAAACCUUAUGAAUGUAAACAAUGUGGAAAGCUUUUCAGAGGGAGGAGCUCUCUUGCUGUGCAUCAGAGAAUUCACACUGGAGAGAAACCUUAUGAAUGUAAACAGUGUGGAAGAGCUUUCACACGGAGGGACUCUCUUGCUGCACAUCAGAGAAUCCACACUGGAGAGAAACCUUAUGAAUGUAAAAAGUGUGGAAAGGCUUUCACUCAGAGGGGCUCUCUUGGUGCUCAUGAGAGAAUCCAUACUGGAGAGAAACCUUAUGAAUGUAAACAUUGUGGAAAGACUUUCACAGAGAGGGGCUCUCUUGCUGCACAUCAGAGAAUCCACACUGGAGAGAAACCUUAUAAAUGUACACAAUGUGGAAAGGCUUUCACAUGGAGGAGUGAUCUUGCUAAACAUCAGAGCAUCCACAUUGGAGAGAAACUUUAUGAAUGUCAUUAUUUCAGAUAG